AUUGCCGGAAACUAGACGGAGAAGACGAAGGAAACGAGGACAGCAAGAUCCGCAUCAACAUGGCAGGCAGUAAUAAGAAGUCUGUUUUGUUUGUUUGCCUGGGGAAUAUCUGCAGAUCCCCCAUCGCUGAAGCCGUCUUCAAGAAGAUGGCAACAGAUGCAGGCGUUGUUCAUGAGUGGAUAAUAGACAGUGCUGCCACCUCCACCUAUGAGUUAGGAAACCCUCCAGACUACCGUGGCCAAGCCUGCAUGGAGAAGCAUAAUGUGCCAAUGAGGCAUAUAGCCAGGCAGUGGGUCAUAGACAGUGGUGCCACAUCUGACUGGAAUACAGGCAACUCACCGGAUGCCCGUGGUCUGGCUUGUCUCAGGAAUCAUGGCAUUGAGACAAACCACAGGGCCCGACAGGUGACCAAGAAUGAUUUCACAAGCUUUGAAUACAUUCUCUGCAUGGACGACAGUAAUUUGAGAGACUUGAAAAGCAAAGCGAGCGCCGUGAAAAACUCCUCAGCCAAGAUUGAGCUUCUUGGUUUAUAUGAUCCUCAGAACCAGAGGAUCAUCGAAGACCCGUACUAUGGAAGUGCCUCCGACUUUGAAAAGGUGUAUGAGCAGUGUGUGCGCUGCUGCAGCGCUUUUCUGGAGAAAAACUCCUAACAACGUGUGACCUGAAAAGGGUCCUUCCCUGAGUGCAUAGGAUACACAUAAAUAAUCCUCACAUGAGCUUUGUGGUGUGUCGCACAAGCACUCGGCAAUACUGACCCUGGUGUAGCUGUCAAUGAAAGUACUUGUAGUCAUAGUGUUGUAUAUGUUGCACAAACCGCACAUUGUGUAUGAUGACAACACCUCUGCGUGGGCAAGUUUGAUUUAAUAAAAUAAAUUAAACAGAA